AUGACUAUAGCCAAUCCAAACUUUGUCGCCUCCAUUAAGAUCGAUUCUCCAAAUUCAUACGUAGAUGUGACGAAAAAUUGCAGAAUUUCCACACUAAAUUACGAAGAUACAAGCGUUUCGUUUGACCCUGCAUCUCCGGGAAAUGCUAUCCUUCGCCCCUACAAACAGCAAUAUGUUUUUGAAACCCGCCUUAAAGUGCCCAAAACAGGCCUAAUGCUUGUCGGUCUUGGCGGAAAUAAUGGAUCCACGCUAUUGGCGACGCUUACUGCCCAUCGCCAUGCUCUUCAAUGGCGCACAAGAUGGGGUGUCCAGAAGCCAAAUUAUCUUGGUUCACUCACUCUGGCUUCUAGUCUGCGAUUGGGCCGAGGUGACAACGGGUCUGUAUAUGCUCCGUUUUCCUCGUUCCUUCCGCUUGUUGAUCCGGCCUCGAUGCCUGUUACCGGAUGGGAUAUUUCCUCGGCAUCCAUGAGUGAAGCCAUGACGCGAGCCCAGGUUCUUGAGCCUGACCUCCAAGCACAACUUGAGCCGCUGAUCGGAAAUAUCAUACCACUUCCUGGCACAUAUGAUCCAGACUUUAUUGCAAUGAAUCAGGGCUCAAGGGCAAAUAACCUGAUUCCGGGAACCAAAAAGCAGCAAUUGGAAAAGCUACGAUCGGACAUUCGCACUUUUCGUGCCCAGCACAACCUGGACCAGGUGAUCGUGUUGUGGACAGCGAAUACAGAACGAUUUUCGCAAUUUCCCGGGCAAAAUGCAGAAUCGCUUAUCGAGGCAAUUGAGAAGGGCAACGACUCCGAAGUUGCGCCUUCAGUUUUGUAUGCCGUUGCUGCAAUAUUAGAAAAUGCCCCCUUUAUAAACGGAUCUCCACAAAACACGCUCAUUCCUUCUGUUGUAGAUCUUGCCCUGCAAAAAGGUGUCCUUGUCGCUGGAGACGACUUUAAAUCCGGCCAAACGAAGCUCAAAUGUGUUCUGGUAGACUUUCUUGUUUCUGCAGGAAUUAAGCCGAUUUCGAUUGCCUCCUACAAUCACCUGGGUAUGCCUUUUUUCUUUGCCUUACAUUUAGGUAACAAUGACGGCCUCAAUCUCUCCUCGCCCUCGCAGUUCCGAUCCAAGGAAAUAUCGAAAUCCGGUGUCAUCGAGGACACGGUUGCAUCCAACAUGAUACUCUAUCCGGAUGGAAAAGGCCCUGAUCACGUUGUCGUCAUCAAGUAUACUCCUGCAGUUGGCGAUUCCAAGCGUGCUCUUGACGAAUAUGAGAGCGAAAUCUAUUGCGGCGGUCGUCAGACAAUGUCGAUCCAUACUGUCUGCGAAGACUCGCUUCUUGCGGUGCCGCUGAUGAUUGAUCUUGUUUUGCUUACUGACCUUCUUGGGCGCGUGCAGGUGGUAAAGCCUGACAAUAUGCAAAUGCACUCUGUUCUGUCGCAUCUUUCCUAUUGUCUGAAGGCACCUCUUUUUCCAAAGAGCACACAGACAGUAAAUGCAUUGCAGUCGCAGAGACUUGCACUGGAAAACUUUAUGCGUGCGCUACUUGGUCUGCCUCCAUCCACCCACAUGGACCUCGAAGUAAGGCUUUGUCCCAAAUAA